UUUUGAAGCAAAUGGCCAGUGUUAUUUACUACCAAUCGGCGCCCCUGCAAACGAUUAUGGCCCUCAAGAUUGUCUUAGUAUGGAUUUGGUGAUGAAUGAAUUUCGUGAUUUCCAUCCAGCAUUAAAUUUAAUAUUGUUGGAUAUGUGCCGGAGAUUUUUACCUUUAAAUAUCGAUGCGUUUGUGGCUUAUUCUGAACGGUUUAGACAAGGCGAAAUUAAAAUUAAUAGAAAUACUGUUUACGGUUAUGCUACAAGUGAGGGUAUCGGCGCCUAUGAAGUUAAAGGAGAAAUGAACGGUGUUUUUAUGAAAUAUUUGAAGAAACGAAUAAAACAGCCUAGGCCAUUACUUGAUAUGUUAAAUAAAGUAUUUUUAGAUAUAGAAAGAGACCCAAAAGUCAGGGAUGUCCAAAUCCCAGAGCUUCGUUCAAAUUUAACCAAACAACGAACUCUACUCGAUCCCUUAUGUAAAGAUGGGCAUACAACCUCAUAUAAUCACCACACAUUUCAUUGGAGAACAAUGCAUGAAUUGCCUAUACCUGUACAAAUUGAAUUUUCUGAAUUAAAAUUACAAGUGACUAUAUGGUUCGAUUUUUGUGGGCAUUUUACUAAUAAAGUUUAUGUAUUUAGUAGUGUUGAAGAUUUAAUUCCAAAAGAUGAAGAUUUUCAAGAAUUUAUGGAAGGGAAAAAUAAAGAAGAUUUAAAUAAAGGAGAAGACGGAAGAAUGCUAGUCAGUGAUUGUAAAACAUGUUCAGAAUGGGCAUUGUCUCAUUUGGCUUAUUUGCGCUUUCCUGAGGAAUUUGAAUGUUCUUCUCCAAAAAUGUGCAAAGACGAUGCUGAGGGUGUUUCUCUAUGUGUUUUACUUUCACAUUUACAAAAAGCAAAGGGGGAGCUAACUUGUGUAGUCGAAAUAAGGGAUAGACAACAAAAAUUAAUAGCAACAAAAGAAAAUCAGUUGUUAGGGCAUGUUUUGAUAACGAGAAUAGCUGGAAGGAAAUAA